CAAUCUUUGCCAUUACAGACAGGAGCCAGCGACAAAACGUGUUUUGGUCUGAGCUACAAUCCUCCAAGGCUGCCCAAUUAUUACAAAGCCUUUCCAUGUUUCAUUUCUCUCUACCAGAAGGUCAAAUUGUCAGCCAGAGAGAGAGAGAGAAAGGGAGAGAGAGAGGGAGCCACCCGUGUUCUUUAUUGACCCCCUUGCUCAUCAUAUUCGGUUUUAUUCCCCUUUCCACUCAAGAUUCUUCUCCCCUUUCGUUCCUUCGAGGGUCCAAAACUUCUCUCUUUCUCUCUCUGUGUGCGGCUGGAAGAGAGAUCUUGGAGGCUGUGAAUCUUGGUUUCUUUCUCUUUUGGUUGACGGGUCACAUAACACGAAUCUAGGGUUCUUGAUCUUUGGUGGGUGUCUUUCGAAUUCGAAGGAAGAAAAGCCAAGAAACAAGAAAAUGGGUGUGGAGACCACCUCCGGAUCGGGCUCGGAAUGCGAGACGCGUGUGAUGCUGAACGUCUACGAUCUCACGCCCAUUAACAAUUACACCCGCUGGUUCGGCUUCGGCAUCUUCCAUUCGGGCAUUGAAGUUCAUGGCAAAGAGUAUGGGUUUGGUGCCCAUGACUUCCCUGUUAGUGGGGUUUUUGAAGUGGAACCAAAGAGCUGCCCGGGUUUCUUAUAUAGGUGUUCCAUAUUUUUGGGACACAUUAGGAUGUCUCCCUUAGAAUUUCGAACAUUUAUUGAGAAUAUGGCAGCUGAAUACCAUGGAGAUACGUAUCACCUCAUCUCCAAGAACUGCAAUCAUUUCACAGACGAUGUCUCGUUGAGAUUGACGGGCAGACGGAUCCCUGGGUGGGUAAAUAGGCUUGCUCGGUUAGGCGCUGUAUGCAGUUGUCUGCUUCCAGAAAGCUUACAAGUAACCACAGUUAAACAGAUGCCAGAGUACCAUGAAUGUUCCGAGGAUGAAGUAACGGAAUCUUUGUCAAACGCCACUCCUCGUGAGUCAACUGAAAUAGACGAAAACGAACAAGAAAAGCACUUGUUGUCCCCUGCCAUGGGAAGCGGAGACAUAGUUUUCGUCAAAGAGAUGCAGAAGUGAUGAUACAUGAGUGCCUUCUCAACGAAGGGAAGGGCAAGAUGUGCUUCCCUUGCAACUGGGGUUGUAUCAUUGUUCACUGUGCUUUGAUCAAAGAGAAAUGAUUGUGGCCAAUUCAUCAUUUGUUAUUUUCCAUUGGUUUGCCACUCGCAAGUUUUGUUUUUUUACUUGCAAUUGGAAUUUGUCCUUGACUUGAUCACCUUCCAACGACUUCAAAAUUUUCUGAAUCUCUGUUCUUUUGUCCAUCUUGCCAGCAACUGUGUGAUUAAUGAUUUUGUGCUUUAUUGGAGGCAGGGGGCCGUUGAUGUACGUGCUCCCAGACAA